CCUCCCCUCCGGUUGGACGAGUCCAUUCCACAUCCGGGCAAUCUUUCCGACAUUGUCACGCUAGCUCCGCUCCCUUGCCUCCCGUCCAGCCUUGAAGAGGUGCUGUUCCCGCCCGUCUAAACCCGUAAAAUUCGUUCAGAGAGGGCUGUUAUACUCCAUCAACGGUUUUCAAGGACUACUGUAUGUCUGCCGGUAUUCAGAACCUCAAAACCUUUGACCCCUUUGCUGAUGCUAUCAGGGGUGAUGAGCAGGGAGUACAGGACGGUUUAAUCCACAUCCGAAUCCAACAGCGGAACGGUCGCAAAACCCUCACGACUGUGCAGGGAAUAUCUGACGACUAUGACAAGAAGAAAAUCGUGAGAGCCUGUAAAAAGGAAUUUGCCUGCAACGGCACGGUGGUGGAGCAUCCGGAGUAUGGGGAGGUGAUCCAGCUUCAGGGGGACCAGCGCAACAACAUCUGCCAGUUCCUGACGCGGAUCCAGAUCGCCAAGCCCGACCAGCUCAAAGUGCACGGCUUCUGAGGCGUCCCGUGCACGCCCCCCUCCACUGUUUCGGCAAACUGCCAUGUACCUCCAACUCGUGGACAACUUCCAAGAUCCGAUUGGCUAGCAGCAAUUCUCCACACCUUCCCGUCAGAAUGGAAUGCUCUUACGUUUUGUCUUCUCUCGUCUGAUGCUGUCAGUUGUGAAUAAAAUUGUACCGAAAUGGGAGUUUCCUUUUUAAAA